GGAGACCAUUGGUCGGGUUAUUGACUCCAGGAAGUUCCCGAUGCAAGGCAUCUGACUGCAACACAAACUGGAACUUCCUAGAGUCAAUAACCCGACAAAAAAAAAAGAGACUUUGGUUAAGAUUUGUCUUGUUUCUUCGUGCUUCAUUCUACCUAGAGUUUCCUGAAUCUGCAAGCUACGAAUUGAAAGUUCACACCUUUAUGCAAUUAAUUAGAUGAAUUUCAGAUUUUUCAUCACUCUUGUGCUUAAAGUUUCCUUCUUUCUGUAAUUGGUGAAGAAGAUGCAGAGUCAAAACUUUUAUCUAUCUGAAGUGGAGAAGUCGCGUGCCAUGACCGAGAUGAAUGAACGAAUGAAGAAGAAGCGAAAGAUUGAGGAAGUUCUGUACCCUGCUGAGCUUGUUGAACAGCUGAAGAACAAAGAUGAUCAGAUCAAAGCGUUGGAAAACCAAAAUGCAACGAUGUUGGCCGAAUUGGCCGAAGAAUUCGCGUUCCAAGCUUCAGCAAAGAGAGUGACGAAUUACAAUGUGAAGGCUGUGGAGUAUUUCUUGAAACAAAAGUGUGAAUCACAUCCAGAGAUUGCUAAGGUUCUUGAGUUUUUCCAUUUUUCUUGCACGUCUGAGGACAUCAACAAUCUAUCCCAUGGUUUGAUGCUUCAAGAAGCACUGAGUUCUGUCAUACUUCCAGCGAUGGAUGACCUCAUCAAGUCAAUCUCUCUGAUGGCUAAGGAAUUUGCAUAUGUCCCCAUGCUUUCACGAACUCAUGGCCAGGUAAAAUCUCCUGAGAAAAGUGUCUAUCUCUUUUGUUAAGACAAUGGUCAUGAUUUUGAUUCAGUCAGUGUAUUUGGUUCUCUGUAAACUAUAAUGCA